UGCCGCAAGCGGCUCUAUGAUGUAGGCUGGCAUGGCAAGACCCGAUAUGCCACCAUCCGCCCGCUCCGAAGCGCUGUGGCCCUUCUAUCUCUUGCUCUCGUCGAGCGCGGUUGCUCUCCUUUUGGCUGCCACCGCCGCCGCCGUCGCCGGCCACGCCGCAGAGCGUUCGAGAGAAGAGACUGCGUCGUGGGCUCUUCCUCACCUUGGCGGGCUUCGCUGCGCUGCCAGCUUUUGGAUCCUGGCGGUGCACGUGCAGACGUACUUUUUCGCAACGUUUUGCGGCGAGGACGGCGAGUGGGGCACGCGAACCGACGACCUCGCCGCGCGUGGGCACCUCGGAGUCUACCUCUUUGUCGUGAUGUCGGGCUUCGUCACCGACUGGACGGGUGGCGGUCGGUACCCGCUCGGCUCGUGGCGCGCGCUGGCUCGCUUUUACCUCCGGCGGGCCGACCGCGUGCUCCUCUCCUGCUGGGUAUCGAUGCUGGCCACCGCCGCACUCGACGCCGCCGCCUACGGCGAGUCCGCUUCGUGGCGUGGCGCGGCGCUGUCCUGCGUGCUCUGCCUACCCAGCUGGUCCGGCGAGUACUCCUGCCCAAACGGGUCGACGUGGACCGUCGGCGCGCUCCUCAUCGCGUGGCUGCUCUACCCUCUCUUCAACCUCGUCGCGCACUCUGCAGCGGACAGAGGUGGGCUCACAGGGCUCGUCCUCCUCUUCCUCGCCGCCACACUCCUCGCAGGCGCGCCGCUCCCGCUCUGGUUUGGCGCCUCCGGCUGGCGCUGGCCCCGCGGGCCGCAGCCCGGUGUGGCGUGGUACCAGAUCGCAUGGUACAGCCCGCCCCUCUGGGUGGGGCACUUCUUCUCAGGCGCCGCCGCGUCGGCGGUGGCCCGCAGGCUGGCCGCCGACGCCGCGGGCAAUCCUCGCGAGGCGCCGCCGGCCGGCCCCUCCCCCGACGGGCUGCCGGCCGGACUGCAGCAUGCCGCCGGCGUCGUCUCGGACGGCUGCUGCGCUGUCCUCUGCUGGCUC